CAAGGAAGUAAAAAAAGAAAAAAUGUCAAUCCUGACAAAGGACAGAAAAGAGUCUCAGUCAGUGUGAGAGCGGCCAGAGCGCGGAGAGCAGCGGCGGAGGACACACGCCAUGGACACGGAGAAGCCUUUAGACGUUAAGUCUCUACGUGAAAGGUUUCAGAGUGGCAGCCGAUCCUGUACGCUGCCGGCAUAUACCAAAGAAAGAGAAGAGAUAAUUUCUAAUGUCCGAGACAAUCCGGCGCUUCAGGGCGUCAUCAGCACCUUAGAGAACAAGCCCAAGGUGUUACCCAAACCAAAUGGUCCUGCAAGGCAAAACAGCAUUGACAUGAAGUUAGGUAAAGUGUUUUCGCAAAAGUUUCAAGUUACGGACGCCCCAAAGACACAAAAUGAUGGAGUGUGUUCCAAAAGCCCCCAGACGUACAGGCACUCAAUGCCAAUGUUUCCUGGCACCCCACCGAAGAACAACCAACCUCAGUCUCAGGUCUAUGAGGAUGUGGGCCCCCUUUUGCAACAGAGUCCAUCCAUAAAUGACGUCAAGAUUGUUGGAAGCAAAAAACCACCACUCCCCGGUCCAAAGCCACCGCUCCCCGGUCCAAAACCGGCGAUGAUGACCAGCAGUCCUGUUCCAGAUGUCGCAAUGGACAAAAUGGAGGAAAAAGUGAAUGAAGGCCCGCCAAUAAAACCCCUUCCAUCCAUCACAUCCCAGGGACCCCCACCACCCAAACCUUCUCGACCCCCGAAUGUAGAUCUCAGCACCUUCUUCAAAUCACAGGCGAAUGCAGAAAGCAAUGGACCCGAAGAGCCGGAUGGAACAGAAUACGACCUGCCUCCCCCAAGCCCAAAUCCACCUGAUGAGGUUUACGACGAGGCUUUUACCCCGAACGACUCAACAGAUGAUAAUGUCUAUGAAGUAGAAGACGCUGCGGUAGAAUACGAUCCGCCCGAUGCCAUGAGUCCAGCGCUAGACGCCUCAAGCCCGAACCGGACGGACGAGAUGUCAUGUUACCAGGAUGUUGUGAAUCUGCAGGAGUCCCAUUACAGCAGUAGUGUGUAUGACACCAACCCUGUGAGCAGCUCAGAGACUCCAGAAGAAUGUACUUAUGAGGUCUCAACCGAUAAUAAUGAUGAUUCUGAGAACAGUUAUUCCAGCACGAUGAGCCCCUAUCCCAACGAUAACUCUGCUGCCUCUGAAGGAUAUUACAGUGUUGAUUUUAACGCAUCCAGCGAGUCAAUCGGGCCUAAAGACAAUAAAGCAAAGGAGGUGAAAUUGGGAAAAAAUGAACAAGAAUUUAGAAAAAAGUACAAGAUUUCAGGUCAGGAGCAGAUGUUAUACUCUUCAAAAAUAAUCGCCGACUUCAAGCCUGAAAAAAACUCUUUGCCGGUGAAGAAGGGCGACACAGUGGAGGUUGUCCGGAUCACUGACUGUCCUGCAGGGAAAUGGCUUGUCAGGGACGCCCAAAGAAACUAUGGAUUUGUCCCUGUAAACAGCCUGCAGGUCAGCAUUGAUAUCCAGUCCUUCAGUACCCAGAACAUAUUCAACGCUCCUGUAGAACAAGAUCUGUACGCGGACGUAGACAUCAGGCCAAAGAACAGUGGAGGCAAAUCAGACUCCUUGAGAAGAACAGACGGCUAUCCUGAAUAUGAUGACAUCAGCAACGUGAACCCGGCGCUAAACAGUUCUGGGGGAAAAGGAAAAGGAUUUGGAAACUUCUUUAAGAAAGACAAAUCCAAAAAAGAAGAUAUAGGAUCUGCCCCUGUGACUUCUAAUCAGGACGGAUUUGUCUCUUAUGUUGACCAAGAUCUCUACACGGACAUAGACAUCGGGCGAAGGAACAGUGAAGACAAAUCCGACUCAUUGAGGAGAACAGACGACUAUCCUGAAAAAUCGGACGACCAAUAUGAUGACAUCAGCAAUGUGAGCUCGGCGCUAAACAGUUCUGGUGGAAAAGGAAAAGGAUUUGGAAACUUCUUUAAGAAAGACAAGUCCAAAAAAGAGGAUACAGGAUCUGCCCCUGUGACUUCUAAUCAGAAUGGAUUUGUCGCUUAUGUAGACCAAGAUCUCUACACGGACAUAGACAUCGAGCGAAGGAACAGUGAAGACAAAUCCGACUCGUUGAGGAGAACAGACGACUAUCAUGAAAAAGCGGACGACCAAUAUGAUGACAUCAGCAGCGUGAGCUCGGCGCUAAACAGUCCUGGGGGAAAAGGAAAAGGAUUUGGAAACUUCUUUAAGAAAGACAAAUCCAAAAAAGACGAUACAGGAUCUGCCCCUGUGUUUCCUAAUCUGAAUAGAACAACAUCGCAGGAGGGUGAGGAGGAGUAUGACACCUGCGUCCUGGGGGAUGACCACGAGAGAGAAAAAGAAGAGAAGUCUCCCGGAUGGUCGAUGUUUCACAAAAAAAAUCAGAAAGGAAGUGACAAAAAAUUUUUCGCUCCAAAAUCAGAAGUGAAAAAGUUUGCAAAAGAAGAGAAGAUAUUCCGUGAAAAAUUUAAGUACACAGGUGAAAUCAAGAUUCUCAACAUUGCGACCAUCAAUGAACUGGCUCCCCUCUCCCCCCAGAAUAAACUAGAACUCCCGGUGAAACCCGGAGACACAGUUGAAGUUGUAGAGGUCACCAACGAAGACAAAAUUAUUUGUCGAAAUUUUGCCGGAAAAUAUGGUUACGUCCAGAUCGAGUGGCUAAACUUUAACAAUGAAAUUCCUACAUAAAACCAGAAAAGUAUCACUAGAGCGGACAUCAUCUCCUAAUGUUUCUCAUCACCAUCAUCACUCAAAGCUACUAAUCAUUUUUCUGGAAAAUCUAAAUAAUAAUAAAGUUAACGUUUUUGGAUAGUUUAGUUUUGUGGCCACUUAUAGUUUACAUGUUGUGUUUGGGUUAAAGAGGUACUCCGCUGCUAGACAUCUUAUCACCCAUUUCAAAGGAUAGAGGAUAAGAUGUCUGAUCGCAGGGGUUCCUCCACUGGGACCCCCACAAAAUUAGCGCAGCA